AUGUCAUCACCACCAACAAACAAGAGGCGUCCACCUCCCCUCACACAGCCCCGAUCGUCUAGCGAUUCAUCUACAGCUUCGUCAGCUUCAUCACUCAAAGUUCCUCGAACACCCAGAUUCGCCGAAGCGACGGCUGUAUAUUCUCCUGUAGAUGAUAAGAGAUCACCAUUUGCAGAUCCUCCAAGCACAUCAGAUUCCCAGGCCCCGAAAUCACAAGCAUACAUGGCUCAAUCACAACCCUCCGAUAUUGGCUUCGGCUACAUAUCAGAUAAUCAAAGACAAUCUCAAGGUGUUCCGGUUGAGAUGCCACUCACACCAUCAUCACCAUUAAAAAGCGCAUUAAGAGUACCCGGCACGCCGGGAAGAAUGAUGAACCCAUUAAGUCCGACAUUUCGAGAGGAACAGGUUUUAGAAAAGCAUGAGGAAUUGACUGAGAAGGAACAAGUCAAGGACUUGAAAGUCAAGACCAGAGUCAGAGUAGCAAAGCUACUCCUAAGAUUUGUAAACUUCAGCUGCAGUCUAAUCGUUCUCGCCAUGAUCUCAACUUCCGUCACCAUCUUCAACGCAACCAAAUCAUUACCAGCCCGAAGCAAUCUUCCGCCUUGGGCAGAGGGUACAAAGACUUGGCCUCAAAUAGUCGUUCUUUCAGUAUCCUGUGUAUCACUUGCACUUUGUCUAGUUGUCUUCUACAAUUAUUGGAAAGGAGGCCACAAGCGAGCAGAGAAGGUUGCGGUUUAUUAUACGCUCUUUGCAGUCGCCUACUUUAUCUUCAGUACAGUUAUGUGGGCAGUAGCAGCUGGUAUCUUACAGGGUGCAAGAAACUCUGGAAACAACAAAGAUAUCUGGGGCUGGUCAUGUGUCGACAACAAAAGACGAGAAAUUUUUCAAGAAGAAGUGGACUAUGCCCUAGUCUGCCGAUUGCAAUCCUGGGGUCUCGUCUGUUGCAUCAUCGAAGUCGUCCUCGAAUCCAUCACCAUCGCCAUCUACGCCGUCGUCUUCUACCGCUACUAUUCCAAACAACGACUUCGCAAGUCCAUGGCCAUUCGCGAUCGCGCUCGCUCAGAUCUCUACCUCGCUCAACUCCGCUCCCAAUCUGCACCCAACACGCCUGGUUUUGGCCCCUUGAGCCCCUCCUACUCCCAAUAUGCCAAAUCUCCGAAAUUCCCACCGAGCGCGUAUCAGAAUGGUCCGGAUGCCGAGGAAGGUCAUGGAACGAGAUUUGUAGAGGCAAGGUCGUAUGGUGGAAUGAGUGCAGCGAAACCGUUUACCCUACAAGCACCUCCGAUUAAAGUGCAAAGCGCCACGCCGAAGAUGGAUCAGGGAGCAUUCCAAGCUCAGACUCCUCCGCCGCCACCACCUCAGCAGCAACAACAGAGAGUUGUGGAACAUGUGGAUGCGGCGCCGGGCGAACAAACUUAUGCUAGUGUACCGAUACCCGGUGCUUAUGCUAGUCCGCUUCCAAAUUCGGGAAGAUAG